AUGGUUCUGGCUGGAAGGUGGCUUUGCGAGGAGGCGGCGCCAUGCCAGCCAGGCUUCAGCGCGGAGACGUACACGUUCACUGUGCUGCGACGGGACCUGAGGAGGGGCCAAAGGCUGGGUGAAGUGAGCUUUGAGAGCUGCACGGGAAGGAGCCACGUGCCCUACGUGUCGGAUGACAGCCACUUCAAAGUGCAUGGCGGUGUGGUCUCGGUCAAGCGGUCUCUGCACCUCCGCAACCAUGAAUGGAGCUUUGGCAUCUUCGCCCCGGACUCGGCUGGCAAGCAGCACUCUGCCAGAGUGGUCGUCAGAAGGCGCCACCAUGACCCUCCGCAUCGGGACCCCCCUCCCCGAGAGGAGCCCUCCGAGCGGAGUCCGGGAGAGGUGCUGACCUUCCCAGAGUCUCGUCCCGGCCUGAAGCGGCAGAAGAGGGACUGGGUCAUUCCCCCAAUCAAUUGUCCGGAGAAUGAGAGGGGUCCCUUCCCCAAGAAACUGGUGCAGAUCAAAUCCAAUAAGGACAAGGAGAUCCCCGUUUUCUACAGCAUCACCGGGCAGGGAGCAGACAACCCCCCUGCAGGCACCUUUACUGUGGACAGAACGACCGGCUGGCUGGAGGUGACCCGCCCGCUGGACAGAGAGGCCAUCGACAGAUACAUCCUCUUCUCCCACGCAGUGUCUGCCAACGGAGACGCCGUGGAGGACCCCAUGGAAGUGAUCAUCAAAGUCAGCGACCAGAAUGACAACCGGCCCCAGUUCACCCAGCCCGUCUUCUAUGGAGCAGUGCAAGAAGGAGCCACGCCAGGGACCACCGUGGUGCAGGUCUCGGCCACUGACUCAGACGACGCUGUGAAUACCUACAACGGGGUGGUCUCCUAUUCCAUCCUCAGCCAAGUCCCUCCAGAGCCCCACCCCCAGAUGUUCACCAUCAACAGCGAGACGGGCAUGAUCAGCGUGGUCGUAUCUGGGCUGGACAGAGAGAAAGUCCCUCAGUACAAUCUGACCCUCCAAGCUGCGGACAUGCAGGGACAAGGCUUAACCACUACAGGGACAGCCGUGAUCACUGUCGCUGACUGGAAUGACAACCCUCCGAAUUUUGACCCAGACACGUAUAAUGCGGUCGUGCCAGAGAAUCUGGCAGGGUUCCUGGUUGCCAAACUGAAGGUGAAAGAUGCAUAUCAAGAAAACACUGAUGCCUGUAAAGCAAGAUACCAGAUCAACUCAGGGAACGAGGGAGGGGAUUUCGAUAUCACUACCGACCCUCAAACCAACGAGGGCCUCUUGAGAACAGCUCAGGGCCUGGACUACGAGCACACAAAGCAGUUUGUCCUCAGAGUCUCUGUGACGAAUGUCGCCGACUUCUCAAUGAUCCUGCCGACGUCCACAGCCACCGUGACUGUCCGUGUGAAAGAUGUGAACGAGGCCCCCGUCUUUGUGCCCCCUGUAAUGCGUGUGACGCACUCUGAAGAUCUCCCCGUGGGGGAGGUGGUGACCACCUACACGGCUCGGGAUCCAGAUAAGGAGAUGAAGCAGACUCUCCGGUACUCCAUUGGGAAAGACGUGGCCAAGUGGCUGACCAUUAACCAGGACACUGGUGUCAUACGGACACAAGCCGCUCUGGACAGGGAGUCACUGUAUGUGAAGAACAACACGUAUGAGGCCCUCAUCUACGCAACUGACAGCGGGGCACCAGCGGCCACUGGCACAGGAACCUUGCUUUUGUAUCUCACUGAUGUGAAUGACAAUGCGCCUGAGCCGGACCCACGGCACUUCGAAAUCUGCAACCGAAACCCAGUGGCCCAACGGCUGAACAUUGUGGACAAGGAUCUUCCUCCACACUCCUUCUCAGCAGGCCUGACGUUAGGUGCAAGGGCCAACUGGUCAGUCCAGAUGGACCAGGGUGGCGACAGCCUGACCCUGCGGCUGACGAAGGUGCUGGACCCCGGGGAAUACAGCAUCCCUCUGGAGCUGAGUGACGGCCAGGGGCAGACACAGACCACGACGGUCAAAGCCCAGGUGUGCGACUGUGAAGGGGAAGCCAAGAACUGUGAGAAGAGGGGGUACAUCGCGGGCGGCUUGGAGGUCCCCGCAAUCCUGGGGAUCCUUGGCGGGAUCCUGGCCUUGCUGAUCCUCCUCCUGCUGCUGCUGCUGUUUGUGCGGAAGAGGAAGGUGUCGAAGGAGCCGCCGCUGCUCCCGGAGGACGACACUCGGGACAACGUCUAUUACUACGAUGAAGAAGGCGGUGGGGAGGAGGACCAGGACUACGACAUGAGCCAGCUGCACCGCGGCCUGGAUGCCCGCCCUGAGGUCACCCGCAACGACGUCGUCCCAACACUCAUGCCGGCGCCGCAGUACCGCCCACGCCCGGCCAACCCGGAUGAGAUCGGCAAUUUCAUCGAUGAGAACCUGAAGGCGGCAGACACGGACCCCACCGCACCCCCCUACGACUCCCUGCUGGUGUUUGACUACGAGGGCAGCGGCUCCGAGGCCGCCUCCCUCAGUUCCAUCAACUCCUCCACCGGAGACCAGGACCAAGACUACGACUAUCUCAACGACUGGGGCAACCGCUUCCGAAAGCUAGCGGACAUGUACGGAGGGGGCGAAGAGGAGGACUAGGCACGGUGCGAAUUGAGACAGAGCUCGGUGUGCAUCCGUUGGGGGGAAAGAGAAAGCUGCCAGAUGUGUGGACAGAGACCCGGACGUCCCCCCCUUUCCAACAGCUGAUUGAUAAUCAAACAUCUGCUCAUUCCAUCAGUUGCCAAAACACUGCAAACCUGCCUGCCUUGCCAUGCUGGUCCCCCUUGGGGUGGAUUCAGACAACUGCAUUUUUUGGGAAUUUUUAACCAGCACGUGGCAGUCAUGUUCUUUUGAAAAUUCUAACUUGUGUUGUCUUGUUGCCGCAGCCUCUUCCAUUCUGCUAAGUGCUGGCUCUAUCAGUGCGAAAAGGGCUCCCAUGGGGCGAGAUUACGGGCACGUCGUGCACUGUCAAGCAGUUGUCUGAUUCCAUUCUUGUUUGCCAAAGAAAAAGAUUUCCUAAACAUUUUAAGGUCCUCAGUCGUCUCGAUCAAUGCAGGACACCUCCCGGCAGUCUGCCCUCAGACAUUUAUCCCACAGUCUUCCCACCUGGAGCUGCAUCACGCCCUGUCUCCUGGGCUCUUCGUCAGUUCUUUCCUUUAGUCUUGGAUCCCAAUCCAACCUCCCCUUACUUGUUUGUAUCCCACGGCUGCCACAGCUCCUCCAGAAAGGCAGCCCGAACACUUGCAAAAAUAAAUAUUUGACGAGAA